AACUGUGGUGUUUGUUGCAGGGACUGCUGACCUUCAGGGAUGUGGCCGUCGAAUUCUCUCAGGAGGAGUGGGGAUGCCUGAACCACAGUCAGUGGGAACUGUACAGAGAUGUGAUGUUAGAGACCUAUGGACAUCUCACCUUCUUAGGUCUUGUUGUGUCAAAGCCAGACCUAGUCAUCUUUUUGGAACAAAAGAGGGAGCUAUGGGAUGUGAAGAGAAAGGACACAGCAGCCUCAUACCCAGCUGUAUUUCCAAGUGAAACUGACAGCCUCCUUUCAGAGACGUUUAUGGGAACGUCUAUCCAAAGAGUGUCAGUGGAUGGAUAUAACGGCAGUGCCCUUGAGAAUGGACACUUAAUGAGAGACUGGAACAAGGAUGGAGACAGGACCAUGUUUCUGGAUGGUUGGAGAAAUAAUAUUAAGAAGCUUCAGGUGGACCUGGAGAAGAGAAGGAAGGAACACAUCGACAGUCCUUUCCUCGUGGAUUUUAUGGACUUUUACCCUAUCUCCUCGUGGUUUUUAAGACCUAUUUUGGUCUAUUGAUCUUGGUGCCCUUGGGCCCUGUUCUAUUCAAUAAGGUCAUGGCAGUCCUAAGGCAGCAAAUAGGUGCAGCCUACCCAGGUCCAUUAUCACAAGCUCGAUAUGGCCGAUCAGGAGGCUGAUGGAAAAGCUACAUUAUGGCAAGAGGCACAGGCUGGCUAGCCAAUGACCGGUAAGAGAGGCCUUACCAUCCUAUUAACCUAAGACAGACUACUCAGACACAGGCUUCUGGGUGUGCCCAUGACAGGUAAGAAGGAUCGGCAGGCCUCCAACCUAAGACAGGCAUAGUCAUUUCCUUGCCUCUAAUAUCAUAUUCUGGAAGAAGCCCUUUUUGAAAUAAUUAAAGAAAGGAGGACCUGUGGGAAGCUGCAAAGAUUCAGCUGCUCGGCCAUUUACUGGCAGGAAAUGUCACUCCCUGAGGUGAGUUACCUGAAUUAAAAAAAUGGGCAGGGAAGUUCCACUCCCUGUCAAGAGAAGCCAAAAGUACAAAGAACUACCCCCUAUCGGCAGGGUUGUGUCGGCCCCUCAGGGGCUGUGCCAAAAACUUUAGUUUGGUUUCUCCUUUACCUAGCCUUAAUCAAUUGACCCUGUAUCCUAGCAACCAACCUAGGUCAGCUGCUUCGCUUCCCGCCCUGUAUCUUAUUUAAGGUGUGGAUAUUUUCUCAAUAAACUGGGGCUUGAUCAGAAA